UCACACAUUUAUUCUGUCUCUUCUCUCCCGUCUCUUUCUUUCUGCUUGUUUCACGUCCCUGUUCAGGCCGUCUCUUGUCACUUUUUCUUCUUUCUUUCCUGCAUUUCUGUCUUUCUCAUGUCUGACAUAGAUGCUCCUCUCACUCAGACGCACACUCGUAGUCACACAGGACCUAACAUUCACCAGUCUUGUAUCAUUCUUCCUCUCUCUGCUCACUCUUGGAUGACUGCUGGUCCUCCAUCAUAGCUACUACUGUAUUCUGCAUUUACUCCCCAGUUGUGCUCACUGCGUCAGGAAUCAGCAGCAGACUGAGAGGCCCUGAUUGGUGAUAAAGUGUCCCCUGUGGUCCCGGUGAAAGAACACCACCCCCGGCAGGCUGGCCACGCCCCCUCCCUCCUGCCUCCAUGUAUCCUGAAUCUACCACAGACUCCCCCGCUCGCCUCUCCCUCCGACAGACUGGCUCCCCGGGCAUGAUCUACAGCGCUCGUUAUGGGAGCCCCAAACGACAGCUGCAGUUCUACAGAAACCUUGGGAAGUCGGGCCUGCGUGUGUCCUGCCUUGGAUUAGGAACAUGGGUGACAUUCGGCGGACAGAUAACAGAUGAGAUGGCAGAGCAGCUACUGACUCUGGCCUAUGAAAAUGGCAUCAAUCUGUUUGACACAGCGGAGGUAUACGCUGCUGGGAAGGCAGAGGUGGUGCUCGGAAACAUCAUAAAAAAGAAAGGAUGGAGACGUUCAACUUUUGUGAUAACAACAAAAAUCUUCUGGGGUGGAAAAGCGGAGACUGAAAGAGGUUUAUCUCGAAAACACAUUAUAGAAGGUUUAAAAGCCUCUCUCGAAAGACUGCAGCUAGAAUAUGUGGAUGUGGUUUUUGCAAACAGACCGGACCCUAACACACCUAUGGAAGAAACGGUUCGAGCAAUGACCCAUGUGAUAAACCAGGGCAUGGCCAUGUACUGGGGAACCUCCCGCUGGAGCCCGAUGGAGAUAAUGGAAGCGUAUUCGGUGGCGCGACAAUUCAACCAGAUUCCUCCCAUCUGUGAGCAGGCUGAGUACCAUAUGUUCCAGAGAGAGAAGGUGGAGGUGCAGCUACCUGAGCUCUUCCAUAAGAUAGGGGUGGGGGCCAUGACGUGGUCGCCUCUGGCCUGUGGGAUCAUCUCAGGGAAAUAUGACGGCAGGGUGCCUCCCUACUCACGGGCCUCUCUGAAGGGUUACCAGUGGUUGAAGGACAAGAUCUUGAGCGAGGAGGGCCGGCGUCAGCAGGCGAAGUUGAAAGAGCUGCAGGCAAUCGCGGAGCGGCUGGGCUGCACUCUGCCCCAACUCGCCAUCGCGUGGUGCCUACGGAAUGAGGGGGUGAGCUGCGUCCUUUUAGGGGCGUCCAGCACCGAACAGCUGAUGGAGAACAUAGGAGCGAUACAGGUUCUUCCGAAGUUGUCAUCGUCCAUCACACACGAGGUGGACAGCAUCCUGGGGAACAAGCCGUACAGUAAAAAGGACUACCGCUCCUAACGCGCAGUGCCCCCCCCCCCACCCCGGCAGGGCUGCACGGGAUGCAGCGACAGCGCCCCACCUUUGCCUGAUCCUCUGUUUGCUUGAGCUUUUACUGAGUGAGACCCUGGCGCAUGAGGCUGGCCACACCAAGGCCACCCAGGGCGCCUCUAGAGAGUUACAAGGAUAAGAUAAGAAAAGGGGGGGGAAAUACUGUGACCUCCACAGGAAAGGAAGAAAGACAAAGUGGAGGUUAGGGAUAUGCGCUCAUACUUAAAUCAGUUAUACAUUCAAUUCAGCUGAACGUAUUUCAAAACCUUAAAGAAAAAUACCUUUUAAAAAAAAAUUAAAAAAAGCACACGCUUGCUUGGCAGCCAGAUUUCUCUUUCUUUUUUUUUUUUCUAAAACUGAAUGCAACUAAAAGGAAGAUAAAGUUAAUACGAAUAUACCAGAACUACUCUGUUGCACAUGUACCAUAGCCAUGCAUUUGUUCCUUGGACGUUCUGUUUACAAAACACCCAUGUACAAGUUGGUCAAGGUUACUCUGAAAAGUCUUUUGUGUGUGUUGUCGACGUUGUCAGUGUACGAGCCUUCCCAUGGGCUUUAACAAUCAGCACUUUAGUAUUGUCAGUGUAGGUGUUGGAGGGAUGUUCUAAGGAGGGGAGAGGAUGCGUAUAACAAUAGUCUUAUCUCAGAGCCAUUGCACUAUAGAUUCAUAUCUCCUGAUAAUCCGCUCUCCUCCUCAUCCUCCCUUUGUGUCUUCACUGUCGGUACGUUGGUCCAGCCUGAUGCUCCGACUCUCCUGCUGUCUUGAGUGUGUCGGCGGCGGCCUAGAUGAAGAGGGGGAAUGAGGCUCCUCCUCCGACUUUACCUGUGAAAUGUCUGUGACGACGAGUCGGAGCACCUUGUCUGCCACUAAAGAAGAGAUUAGCUUUUCAUUCAUCCCUAUCAGUAGAAACUGCAGUCGCGUUAAAUCGAAUGCAGCGUUGUGCUUCACUGUGUCCUCUGGAAUCUGUUCUCUGUUUUCAGGCUGAGGAUUUACUGUGUAGGAAGUGGUCAUAUAUCAGUGCUGGCUCCACAUCUCAUGGAAACUUCUCCUUGACCACAUUUUGCUCAAGUGUUUUGCCUUAUUUACAGUUUUAUCAGACUCUGCUCUGGGCUUUGGCGUGUAAACAGCUGCCCUUUCAUGUCCCCAGUAAAUACUGUACGCUGACUGGUGGAGGUGGCAUUAGUUGGAGGCGGUGGUGGAGUGUCCGGUGAAUCAGUGCGUGGCAGCAGCUCAGGGAACAGAGCAGGUGGUUUUAGACGUGUGUUGGCAUGCACACGGUCAGGAGGUUGUAUUUACUCGUCUGUCUUUCUUUCUCGUUCAGACACUAGGCAGGACCGGUGAAAAUUUAGCGUGGCUUGAUCCAAAGAUCGUCCUCUUCUUCUUCAUCUCUCUUUGAUGACACCCGAGGGUUUCACACUCACUUCCUGCAAGAUUAUAGAAGUCAUCUUGGCGCAUGUGCUGUCCAGCUUGUUAUCUAUCAACGGUAUGGACUUGACUCCAUAUAAAUAUAUAUAUAUAUCUUUACUUGAUCACACUGUUAUACUACAGUAGUUAACAAAUAUGUCCUUCAUAUACAGAAUGCAUAAGUACAGCUAACUGCUUUAGGAUUGGUAAGGUUUGUUUCAGGCAACAUAGCCUACAACCUGAGAUGUGUCAGAAAUAUUAUUGCAGAUUUUGACACGGCCCUAUAUCAUUGUUUCUCCUUUGGGUGCUCUCUUACUGUGAUUAAAGCACAAGUGGAUAGCAUGUUACAUCCUCAAAGCAUGACCCCUGUUCACCCAGCCUACAGCACCUACGGGACAAGUGAGGUGAUGCUACUCCGCUUACGAAAGACGUUUAGGUAACAAAUCUUAACUAACCGCUGAUUAAUAUUGAUUCUUAGCAGAACAAAUAAACACAUGAAGAAAACGGUAAUUUAAAUGCAAAUGCUGACUUGAAUGAAGUGGGAGUUAUUGUGCAGGAUUUGUGCAGACGAGGUCUGCUCCUCGAGUCCUCCUAGGUGAUUUUUAACAGCAACAAUGUGAUUUCAUGUCUCUGCUGUUGAUCCUGUUUGUUUGUAUGGGGGGGAGGGGAGCAACUAAACGUAUCCCUUGCUUUAGCCUGUUGUAUUAGUUGAUCCCUGUAUACGUUUGAUUUGCUGUGUCUGAGUGUUUUCUCAAAAGAGGAAAAAAAAGAAAAGCAAAGAACUUUUAGUUAAUGUAGUCUGUGGAGUUCCUGUGUCUUAGUACCUUUCACUGCAGGGAGUUGGGAGGACGUCCUGAGACUUCAAGUUCGGCAUUAUGAGAAAUACGCUUAUUUAUGCUCUUACUGAGAGUUCAAAUAAAAAAAUGUUGACACCAUAUGUAUAUCUGUCUGCUGAAUAUCCUUACAGCUAGCAGCAGGCUAUAUAGCUUAGCAUUAAGUCUGAAAACACAAACAGCUAGUCCGACCACCUCAUCUACCUACCAGCUACUCUAAAGCUCAAUAAUCAACAUAACAUAUCUCAUUUUAAAGGUAGGGGAAACCAACCUCAAAAACACCGCAAUAAAAUAACAAAAUUAUAUAUAUAUAGCCUAUAUAUAUAUGGUAGGCAGACUGUAUACAGGCUAUGCUAGCUGUAUUUCCUGUUCCCAGUUCUUUAUGCUAAGCUAAGUUAGCCGCCUGCUGGCUGUAGCAUCAUAUCUACUGUACAGAUGUGUGAUAUCAGUUGAGUCCAACUAACAUAGAAAACCAAUUAGUGCAUUUCCUAAAAUGUCAAACUUUCCCUUUAAAUGGUAUCGCUGUGCAUUUAGUUUGACCAUCAGUGUUAUUUCACAUCGUGCUGACCUGCCCAACAAAGAUCUCUUGGUGUAAAAGGUUUCUGCACAUUGUAGAAAUAACUCUUUAAUGUUUAAGGCUAAAGUGUUGUUAGCUGGUGCCCUCGCCUGUGUAGGAGAAAUUCAUGCUUUAAGAGGUCUAGUUUCUGCAUAUUUGCUGUUCUAACAUGUUAAUGACUAGAUCAGAAAUGAAACCAGCCCCCCAGAUGAACAGAGCUUAUUUUACAGAAGGUUGUAGGUUAUACAGAGAAUAUAUUUUUUAUGUUUUAGCCUUUAAUGCAGUAGAGAGAAUCAGAAAACAGUUUUUUUUUUUUUAUGAUGCUGCAUUUUUCCUAUCAGUAUUGUAUUGGUUUAAGACUGACAAAAAUAAGCAAUUUCUUUGUGUUGUGUAUGAGGAAUGCUCUGAAGUGAAUGCAUUAUCGGACUGAAUUCACUCUGAAAAUGACGUAGUGAGAGCCUGGUAUCUCCUGUACAUAGUUUGACCUUUGUAUAUAUUUCUGGUUGUGGUCACCUCUGCCUUUUCUCUUUUCUUUAUUUUUCUUUUGCAGGCGUUGCUAUCUGCACUGUGCUUGAAUUUAAAUUUAGACAUGAUGUACAGCUUUGAUCUUCAAUGAAAAUGAAAUAAUGAUAAAAUAAGAAUGGUAAACAAA